UUGAUCAGUUCUUUGUCGCUUUCCAACGAGUGAAUAUCUUCGCUCUUCUUUUUAGGUUUGGGUUCAAGUUAAUAAACCACCAAAAAUCUUGGUUAAAUGCGACAGGAAAAUAUAGAGAAAAACAACGAUACCAGUGCACUAGUUGAUCGACGUCCAAUAUGACGACCAAAGCAAAUGGAAUGAAUGGUUUUGAGUUGAUCGAUUUUGAAGAAAAUAAUUUGAUGUAUUCACGCGAAUUGUUGAUCACAAAGGAUAUCCGCGAGGGUCUGGAUUUUAUGGGAAAGAUACUGCAAAGAGUCAUUAAAUCGUAUUUUAGAACAUUAAAAAGUAAACAAAAAUCCUUUCAAAAAUUUUAUCAGACCAACAGGCUGAAUUUAUUAUACUCCAAAUCGACACUCGAUGAUGUCGAUAAAACCAUAAAAUGCAUCAAACGCACAGAACAGGCUUUAUCAAAAUGGGAAACUAAAAUACAAUGUGAUAUUGUAAACAUAACAUUGUUACUUGACAAAUAUGAUUGUGCGAAAUUGACUCUUAAUAACAAUCUCAGCAAUAAUUCUCAAAAUCCAUUUGGAUUUUUCGAAACAAAUUUUGUUAUCGCCAAACGUAAGAUGCGGCGCUGUAAUUCGUUGCUCCGAUCAGAGGGAAGUUUUCGCAAAAUCGAAAAAAAAUUGCAAGUAUUGAUUCGCGCACUUCAAUCCAAUAUACGUUUGUUUAAUCGACGCAUUAUUCGCGUAGGAAAGUCCGAUCUAAACUUGCAUGAUCCGAUACGUAUGAUUUCCAAUUUAUCAGAUCGGAUAACGCCUUUGGAAAGUGCUUAUGAAGAUGUUGCAGAUAUGUUCACUGCAAAUCCAAUCAACAUGGAUGUUAGUUCUGCAGAGUUUACCAUACCCACUAUAGAAAUAGAUAAUUUUCUACUUAAUCUUGAUCAAAUAAACAACGAUUGUAAUAAUACAAAUAAUCACGCUCAUGGAUCAACAAUCUAUUCAUAAAAUACACAGCGAGAUCAAUAAAACAUUUUUAAAAUUAGAAAGCUUCAGAAAUAAGUGUUUAUUUUAUACUUAUUCCACUGAAAUGAGAGGAAAAUUCAAGUGAAAAUUAUAUUUACGAUUUAUUAUUUGGUAGUGCUGCAAGAUUGUUACUGAGAAACAACGUUUUGAAAAUGAGAUAAAACUUACUUACUAUUUAUCUAAAAUGAAUUUUAAAUAAUUAAAAAAGCUCCUUUAACUAGAAUAUUGUAAUUUAAUUCAUACAAUUUAACUCAUAUGGUUCAUAUGGUUUUACCAUGCAGCCUAAUGCAAUCAUGGUCAGUGCAGGAUCAAGUAAUGAUGAUAGGUAAAGCGAUAGAGAUAAAUAAAUAUGAAUCAAAAUUAUCAUGCUAAAAAUUUCCUACUUAGAUACACGUUGAUAAAAUGUAUACAUAAAUGAACGAUAAAAUUUUCACAAUAAAAAUUUACCAUAACAAGA